UAACUUGGCAUCAUGUCCACAUUCGUUGUCACAAAUCCCACACACUCUCAACCCUUUACUCACUCUAUCUCUCACACCUUUUGGUAAGAUAAGAUAGUUGUGACCAACAUGGCGAAAUCAAAGAAAUUCAGAGGUGUCAGGCAACGCCAUUGGGGCUCAUGGGUUUCUGAGAUUCGCCACCCAUUAUUGAAAAGGAGGGUGUGGCUUGGAACAUUUGAGACUGCAGAAGAAGCAGCAAGAGCAUAUGAUGAAGCAGCCAUUUUGAUGAGUGGAAGGAAUGCCAAGACAAACUUCCCUGUUGCUGAUAAACCAAUGGGAAAUCACAGCUCUACUUCCUCUUCCACAACAUUAUCUGCAGUUCUGAGUGCAAAGCUCAGAAAAUGCUGCAAGUCCCCUUCACCUUCCCUCACUUGCCUGAGGCUUGACACUGAGAAUUCCCACAUUGGGGUGUGGCAGAAGCGAGCAGGGCCUCGUUCUGAUUCAAAUUGGAUCAUGAUGGUGGAGUUGGAAAGGAAGAAGAAUGAAGGAUCAACUUCUGAUUCCAAAUUGCCUGAUCUUGUUGAUGGAUCUGAUAAGGUGAAGCCAGAGGAGGGUAAUGCCUUGGAUGAGGAGCAAAGGAUUGCUCUGCAGAUGAUAGAGGAGCUUCUGAACAGAAAUUAAGCUCAAUGUGCUUUCUUACUAUUAUUCUCACGUGGGGCUCUUUCAAGGAGUUUCAAGUCCCAUGUUUUGUCAUUUUCAUCUUGUUUUCUUUGUUUGUUUGUCCCGCCUCAAAAAAAGUUUGAGAUGAAAAUCUUCUCUCACAUCACUUGAAUUUCAGUUAGAAAAUAUAUGAAAAUAUUGGAAAGUAA